AAGUACUGAUAUCCUCAAUACUGAGUGAAGAUGAUUAAAGCAAUAUCGUUAUUUUUAGCCAUAGUGGCAUUUGCUGCUUACAUCAACGCUAACCCUACUCAAUGCUACGAAUGUAAUAUUCUCUCUGGUUCUACUUGUACUGAACCAAAAAUUGAAAAUCUUGACAUACAAAGCUGCGAUGAUAUCAAUCAAGCAAAUAAUUCUACUGCUGACACAGUAUGUUUCACAGUUUCAACGAAAUGGUUUGGUCAACUUGUAACAGAGAGAGGAUGUUACUAUCAAGAAAUAGGCGGUGAGGAUGUUUGCUCGUAUUUCUACCGUACUGAAGUUAAUAAUGUACCACUCACUGAUGGUUACACGUGUGACUUAUGUUACGAAGAUCUUUGUAAUACCGAAGAAGGUGUCGUAUCAGCAGCAAAAAACUGACAUGUUUAUCGAAGAUAUAGAACCAAGUAAAUGUUAUAAAAUAUACUCAAAUAAAAUUUAUUAUUUUUCAUUAA